AUGAUUUUGACCCUUCCAAAUGGCCUGGCAUUAUAUGUCUCUUGGUUUAUAGAGCAUCUACGUUCAUACGAGUUGACUUCCCCGCAACAUUUGUCUAUCCACCAGCAGUGUGACUUCAAUGAUCCAACACCACUCUCGGCUUACAAGACCAGUGGUAUUCUGAUCCUGACCCCAAGAAAUUCAUCCUGGUUAAAGAAUAAAUUCAAAAUGGACAGUGAAACAGAACACUUGAUUUUGCGUGUUGUUGAGCCAGACAGCAUGCGGAAAUUUAAACUUAACUCUCGCCCUUCCUCUGUUCAAGUCAGUGUGUCAGAGAUGGGGGAGGUGGUGAUUGUGAUCCCAGAGGCCCUCAGAGGAGCACAGGGGCCGUCAGUGAAGGAGGAGGAGGAGACGGACCUGCUGAUCUCCACACAACUCACCUCAGAGCAAAGUGAGGAGAUGCAGACAGAGGCCCCAGAGGAGGUGCAGGAGGAGGCCCCAGAGGAGGUGCAGGAGGAGGCCCAGGAGGAGGUCCCAGAGGAGGCCCAGGAAGAGGCCCAGGAGGAGCUUCUAGACGUCACCACUCCUGAUGAAUCCUUCACUAAAGAAGCCAUCAUCGUGAAGCUCACGGAGGAGACGGACGCCACAGACGUGUUCUACUCCAUCACCUGCGGCGACGCCAAAGCCACGCUGGUCUGGAGGAAGUUCGUCUGUCCAGGGAUCAACGUCAAGUGUGUGCAGUUUAACUCUCAGCUCAUCAGUCCCAAAGAGUUUGUGUGUUUAGCGGGAAAGUCGACUCUGAAAGACUGGAAACGAGCCAUCAGGCUGAACGGUACCAUGCUGAGGUGA